AUGGCUCUGUGCGGCUGCUUUGCGGCAUCUUCCCACGCUCAUCUCCCAUCUGCCUGCCCUUCUUUCCCUACCCGCCUCACACACCCUUUCCCCCGCCUUAUUGGGUGUCGAUGGCUCUGUGCGGCUGCUUUGCUGCAUCUCCCAUCUGCCUCUUCCCUUCUUUCCCCACCCGCCUUCCCCCCUUCUCUCUCCCCUCCCCCACCCCCCUUCCCCUUGUUGCCCACCUCCCAGGGAUCAUCCGUCGUCCAGCCAAGCUACGUGGCAGCGGGGUGUGACGAUGGCUCUGUGCGGCUAUUUGACAUUCGCUCGCAGCCCCGGCCGCAGCUUGUGUGCGGCACGCACCAUCACUCGCAUCGAGUCGCAGGAAUUGCCUUCCACCCUGCCAGCACUGCCGCUCCUCAGAUUAUUUCUGCUUCCAGCUCCGGCGAGAUCGUGUUUUUAGAUGCCCGGAAUCCGGGGCAGCCAAUCAGAAGAGUGGAGGCGCACAAGGGGCACCUCACAGCGCUCACGGUUCACCGCCACCUGCCCGUGAUGGCCACGGGCAGCUCAAAACAAUUAAUUAGAGUGUUCAACAUGUCAGGGGAUCUCCUCAGUGUCGUGCGCUACCACAACAGCUUCCUGGGUCAGCGCAUCGGGCCUGUCAGCGCGCUGCACUUCCACCCGUACAAGCCACUCCUUGCCGCCGGUGCCACCGAUUCCAUAGUUUCCAUCUACGCUGGGGAGACGCACAGGAGCUAG